GGCAUCUGCCGUCCGCAAGUGGCGUGCCGCGCCCUCGGCACCAUCAAGGCGAUUACUAUGUAUGGUAGGCUGGCUGUGUCCGCCGCGUCGCCGUCAGUUCGAAUCUCGACGUUCAGGCCUUUCGACGUGCACGCACGCCCCGACAGGCGGGAGACACCACACAGUCCUCCUAGCUCAUCAGUGCCCCACCCGAUGGUUGCACCUCCAGGUGCUGUUCCUCAGUCUUCAGACCCUCGCCUCUUCCGCGGCAUCUGCCGUCCGCAUGUGGCGUGCCGCGCCCUCGGCACCAUCAAGGCGAUUACUAUAUAU